UCUGAGAAUGAUAUAUAUGUCAUAUGUGAUGUAUACAGCUAACUGUGAAUCUUUUUCCCAUCUCACAACAAGCACAGCUAUAAGCAAACACUUCAAACACCUCUCUACAAAUUAACAAGAAACUCAUUAUGGAAGGAGAACGCGGAAUGUUCGGUGGUGGAGGUCAGCAACCACCCCACAAGAAGGAAGGCCUACUAGGAAAGCUCGAGCACAAAGUAGAGCAGAAGAUGGGUAUGGGCCAGCAAGGCUACGGCCAACAAGGCGGUUAUGGCGGUGGUGGCCCACAGGGUCAGCACGGCGGCGGUCAACAAGGCUACGGAGGCCAACAAGGCGGCCCAGGCCACCACCAACAGGGCGGCUUUGGCGGCGGCCAAGGCGAGUUCGGCGGCGGCCAACAGGGUGGCUUUGGCGGUGGUCAAGGUGGCUAUGGUGGCCAGCAAGGCGGCGGCUUUGGUGGCGGUCAAGGUGAAUUCGGCGGCGGUGGUCACCACCAAGGAGGCGGCGGUGGCUUUGGUGGUGGUCAAGGUGAAUUCGGUGGUGGCGGUCACCAUCAAGGCGGCGGUGGCGGCUUCGGUGGAGGCCGUGGAGGCUUUGAAGGUGGUCAAGGUGGUGGCUUUGGCGGUGACCAAGGCGGAUUCGGUGGUGGUCGAGGCGGUGGUGGUGGCGGCGAGUUUGGUGGCGGCCGUGGAGGCGGUGGUUUCGGAGGUGGUCGAGGUGGUGGUGGCCGUGGAGGCGGUGGUGGUUGGUAAAUCACUGAACAUGCCCAGCUGUAUAAUAGAGCCCAAUAAUCCUGGGCUCACAUCGAAAUCUGAUGAAUGAACUAUUACGAUGAUCAA